CGACACCUUUAGUUAUUGGCUGAGUUUGGCUCAAAACGCGCGCUGGUAGCGGGUAAAUUUUUGAAAGUGUAUAAACGUUUAUCGAAAAAAUGGAACGGUACCUAUGGAAAAUUUUGGCAUAUUGUUGAAAUAACAAAUUUAUAUAAUGAACCGAAAAAAUACAAAUUGAUUGGAUUAAAAAAGUCAAUUAAAAGUAAUAUAAUUUCAAUUAUGAUCCUCUACGGCGGCUUACAAAACCAUUGGUUCAGGUUGAAGUUUUGAAGUUGGUGAAUCACUAACUGGACUUACUUCUUUUGAUCAGUUUGGAUGAAUCAUCGCCACCAUCAUCAUCCUCAUCAGCACCGACAUCGCAUCGCUGCCAACCAAAAGCAGACAAUACAACCUAACUAACCGCCAACAAAUUGGCUACUUACACAUUGACUUACAAACCAGUUGCGGCAUUUAUUUCAAAAAAUAAAAAUAAAACCUGUACAAUAAGAAAGUUAAAAUCAGUUUCCGUUAACAAUGCGCGCAUUUAAGUUUAAUGUAUAUGUAUGCGUGUGCGUGUGUUUACUCUCCGGUGACAAACCACUCUACAACUUAAUUUAAUAAAUAUUUAUUAGCGGCUCAGGUGCGAGUAAACAAAUCGUAAAAGCUGUUUUCUAUGCCAGUUUUUGCAGUGCCUAGUGGUGGAAAAAAUUCGAAAUAAUAUAGCGAAAUCUGAACAUCAACAGAUACAGUAAUAAAAUAGAUAAAGUAAAUAAUAAACGCACUUGAUAAUAAAGUUAAACAUACGCCAAGUGUUAAUAACUGGUGAAAUCAACGUAUUCAAUUACUUACAUACAUACAUCACUUAACAUGAUUGUCGGCUGCUCGAGUUCUCCUCCAUCUAUGGCAGUACGCGUUGCCUCACUGCUGCUGCCCACCACGUUGGCCGUUGCCAAAGCAGCAACUAAUGGCAAAAGCGCUGCGGCAAAGGAUUGUCAUGGCAGGAUUUGCAAACCCAUUGAUGAGUAUUGCUCGGUAUUUCUCGAUGGCUGUGAUCAGUGCGAACGUAUUUGUAAUCCAGAAUCGCAUAAUUUUCAAGCGGAUAUGUGUGCGCGGGAAUGUGCUGGUGAGUGUGAUGUGGAUUGUUAAUUGAAAUUUAAGUUUCCCCGAUAAGUUUUUGUUACGCUGAUAAGGGAGGGGUUGUUUUGCUCAACACUUAAUGCAAAAUUGAACAGCACGUGCAAUUUAAAAAUUUGUGUACAAUUUUAUUUAACAGUUGGGCAAGUUAAUUACCAACCACCACGGUAGCGAUAAUGGAAUCGUACGGAGCAACGAUAGCUAUAAUGAAACGUGACACCCUCGAUAAACAAAAAUGCUUAAAUUAAAUUUUUCCGAGUUUUCAAAUUUGCACGUUAUUAUUCUAAAAUGCAAUAAGCUACAAAACCCAGUAUAUUUCUAGAG